AUGGACAAGGACAAGGUCAACGCCGAACACAUCGAGAGGGCUACCAACUCUCCUCCUCUUGACGAGAAAAACCACACGGGCACAACAACCCGUGACCCCAACCUCAACCUCGCCUCCGUCACCGCCGCCCGUCCCCCGAAGCCAUGGUCAAAGCAAAUGCUCAAGCUCUACGGAAUCCUCCUCGUCCUUUACCUCUGCGCCACAAUGCAAGGCUACGACGGUUCCCUCAUGGGUUCCAUCAACGCCUUAAACGAGUACCAAGACUACUUCAAGGGCCAACACAACACGGGUCUCGUAUUUUCGAUUUACCAGAUUGGACAGAUCUGUGCGUCUGCGUUUUUGUGGAUUUCGGACACCUGGGGACGCAGGAUCUCCGUGGCUGUGGGGUUGUCCAUUGUUAUCCUUGGUACUAUUGUGCAGGGUACUGCGCACACCAUGAAUCAAUUUAUCGCUGGUCGGUUUUUGUUGGCGUUUGGGAGUGGUGUGCCGGCGAUGACUGCACCGCUCUUUGUCGUGGAAUUGGCACAUCCGAAUUACCGUGGGACGUUGACGGGGUUGUAUAAUACCUUGUGGUACAUGGGAUCGAUUAUUGCGACGUUUACGGUGUAUGGGACGAGUAUCAACAUGCCCGGGUCCAACAUGACGUUCUUAUUGCCGAUCUGGUUGCAGUUGCUGUGUCCUGCCAUCUCGUUGGUGUUCCUGUACUUGUUGGUUCCGGAGAGUCCGAGGUGGUUGAUCGCCAACGGAAAAUUCGAGCAGGCAAAGGAUUUCAUCAUCAAAUACCACGGAGAAAACGAUCCCUCCCACCCUCUCGUCGAGCUCGAGUUGGCUGAGAUUGAGGAAGCGAUUCGUCACGACAACGGUUCCGACAAGCGUCCAUGGGAUUACCGCGGUCUCUACAAGACACCCUCCGCCCGUUACCGCUCCUUGAUGGUCAUCUUUAUGGCCUGGUUCGGACAGUUCUCCGGUAAUAACAUCGCAACCUACUAUCUCCCAAAGAUGACCGAAAUCGCCGGUGUAACAUCCACGAACAUGCAACUCCUCCUCACUGCAAUCUACUCUGUCAUUUCUUGGAUCUCAGCCAUGGCCGGAGCACGCUGCCACGAUAUCCUCGGUCGUCGUCCCAUGCUCAUGAUCUCCACGUUCUCCAUGACCGUCUGUUUCGCAAUCAUCGCUGCAACAACCGCGAUCUUCGAGCGUACAGCCUCCCAGACCUCCUCCAUCGCGUCCAUCGUCUUCAUCUACCUCUUCGGCGUCGUCUUUGCCUUCGGGUUCACACCCAUGCAAGUUACCUACCCCGCCGAAUGCCUCACCUCCGAAAUGCGCGCAAAAGGUAUGUCCCUAAACCUCCUCGUCCUCGGCACAGCAGGUUUCGUGAAUAACUAUGCGGCGCCCGUUGCGAUGGCGAAUUUGACAUGGAAGUUUUACAUCUUUUUCAUGUGUUGGGAUGCGUUUGAGGGGUUUGCUGUGUGGAUGUGGUUUGUGGAGACGAAGGGAAGGACGAUGGAGGAGUUGGAGGAGGUUUUCUCGGCGCCGAAUCCGAAGAAGGCGAGUUUGGUGAAGCCGGGGAGUGCGAGGCAUGGUGGAGUGGAGAUGAUCUAG